CAUCUUUCAUAGACUCGAACAGAUUUGCUCGCGUGGGUUCUUCGGCUGUACGAGAAGUACAAGCCCCCCACCCACACACAAACACACACACAUUCACAGGCAAAGAGAUCCCCACUUUCAUCGGGAUCGGACUUCCAGUCUCUCCGAGGAUCACAGCUCAGCACUCUUAGCUAUAUAUCGCGGCUCCGAUCUGGAUCUGACAGUGGACGAUCGGAGCACCAGAUAAGCUCAGCGACUUCAAAGCUUCGAUCCUCAUCCAGUAGCUGAGAGAGAUGGCUACGAGUCCAACAGCGAUGGGCCGAACGAGCCUCACCGUGGGCGGUGUGAGCUUGAGGGCCAAGAUGAUCCGCAAGACGCUGGUACACCCGGCACAACCGACGGCGGCGGAGAACGAGUGGCUUCCUCUCAGUAAUCUGGAUCGAGUGGUGACUCCCACUUUCAGCAGCGUCAUCCAUUUCUACGACGGUGCGGUUUCCGAGGCCCGGAGCUUCGAGUGCGUCGUGGGUGGAUUGAAGAAGUCCCUCUCGGAGGCUCUGGUUUACUUCUUCCCGCUCGCAGGGAGAUUGGAGCUGCGGGACGAUGGGCUCGUGGACUUGCACUGCAACGAUGCGGGAGCAGUCUUCAUCGAAAUGUCUCUGGGCGUGGAGCUGGCGGAGGUUGGAGGGGCGCAGACCAUGGACUCACUCUCUGGCCUGGAGUCGGCUCGGCUCGGGAGGGGUCCUCUCUACAUGCCCGAUCAGUUAAUGGACAUGCCCACUCUCGUAGUGCAGGUCACUCGGUUCAAGUGCGGAGCUGUCGCCGUAGCCACAAGCUGGCACCACACCAUCGCCGAUGGUUCAUCGGGUUGCCACUUCAUUCAAGCGUGGAGCGAAAUCGCCACCGGAGCUGGCAUCUCACUGAUUCCUAACCACAAUCGCCAGCUUCUAGCUCCCCGAGACCCUCCCAAUCCGAGCCUGGUCCAGGGCUACAGCACGAAGUCCGCUCACAAUCUGAACAAGGUGAGCAGCGAUCGAGAGGUUCUCAAGACUUUCGGUGGCUCGCAGGAGCCUCCCGUGAUCAACAUGUUCCAUCUCGACAAGGACACCGUUCAGGAACUGAAAAAUGCGGCCAACGAAGAACUUGGCGAGGAGAACGUGCGCAAAUUCACCUCCGCCGAGGGGAUUUCAGCUCUCCUGUGGCAGUCGAUGACGAGGGCCAGGACCGAGAGCUCGACUCAUGACGACGACGACUAUCCACGACAAAACCAGGAGGUUACCAGAUUUUUCAUGUUCGUGGAUGGGAGGAAGAAGCUGAACAUGCCCAAAGGCUACUUCGGGAAUGUGGUGUGCAGUGCAUGCGCUGUAAGCACGGAGGACGAAAUUAUGAACAACGCUCCCUCUUAUGCCGCGACUCUGAUCCGGCAAGCAUGCUCGAGGGCCGACGGAGACUACUUCAAGUCUCUGAUCGACUGGGUGGAGGUGCAAGGAUCGAGUCCGUCGAAAUCCGAGCACGUGAACUCCGUAGGCCACGAUGUGGCGGCCACCUUCUGGACUUUCUUCCCUCUAUACAGCAUGGAGUUCGGAUUUGGCAAGCCGACAUUUGCUGCUAGAAAUUCUCCUCCCCGACCUCUGAUCGACGGCAUCGCCAUGAUGCCCAGCGCUAAAGGCCCAGGCAACAUGGUUGCGCUGCUCAAUCUCUCUGCCGAUCGCAUGCAAAGGCUUCGGAGUGACCCUCAAUUCAACAGCGUUUUCCUCGGUCUCUGAACUUCGCUGACAUGAUUUCCCUGGACCUCAAUUCAGCAGCGUGUUCCUCGGUCUCUAAACUUCGCCGACAUGAUUUCCCGUUACCAGAGUUGUAGUCUAGGCCACCUGGUCACAAAUACCUUGUACAAUUAGAUCAAGGUCUCGACCAACUUAACCAUAAUUCUAAACUGGUAUAGAAAUAAGGGUUUGAAUUCAUCCCUUGUAUAACAUACAUUGCGAGCA